AGCGCGCACACACAGCGACACGGCAACGCACUGGGAGUCCGCACGCGCACCAACCCUCCGAUGUCCCAUCCCCUCCCUAGCCUCCGCUCCGCCGCUCCCCCCAACUCCACCAGGCUCAGUGUCUCCGCUUCUCGCCGCUUUCCCCUCCUCCGCCUGGGCGCGCCGCCCGCCCGCCCCUCCCGAUCCCGUGGACGUCCUCGCAGGCGGCGUGUUGCACGAGAGGUGAGCUCCACCACGCGCCCCCUCUCUCACCUCCCUAUCGCUGUCAGUCGGUGCCCAGUUCCUCAGCCAACCAGCCGCGAUCUGUCGGCGCUGCUCGCCUUCCCUGGCCCUCGCUCCUGUCGACGCCGCUUUAUAGGGGGGCUGCGUACUGCCGCGAUUGCCUUGCGAUGGGAGUGGGGCUCCUCUCGACGCCUGUCAGCGCAAGAUGCAGAUCGGCCGAGGAUGCAGCUGUGCUAUGCUCGCAGAUGCCAGUUGCUCCGAGCAAGCGCUUCGCGCCACUCCUAGCACUUUUAGUUCACUCGACAGACGCUUAGGGAAUGUUUUACCAGUAUUGUUCAUGGUAAACUCAGAGUUUCUAUCAACUGCCCGGGAAAGUGAACUUGUUUCCACUCCAUCUUUAGUGUCAAAACCAAUUUCUUCUACAGGGGCAACGGAACUACUUCGAAGUGAAUUAUGGGUGGGUUCUGCUGCUGCCUCAGUGCUGAAGAAUUUGAUGAAUAUGUCUAUCCAAACAACCCUAUCUAUAGGCAAUGCGUAUCCUUGAGGCAUCUUUUCCACAGCAUUUUUGGCGGGUAUACUGCAACAUUCCAGAGGCUUGAGUCUAGGCCAAACAACCCAGCUCAAGGGGUUGCUCCACUGGGAUCCACUAAUCCAAGUGUCAACAUAAAUGACAAUUCACUCAAUCUUGUUUCUAGACCACCUCCAUAUGAUACCGAUCCUAGAUAUGCCCGUGUUCAAAGAGAGGGAUUAGUCUCCAGGCGUGAGAAAUCCAUAAAUCUUGCACAAGAAGAGUCACUGGCCCUUAGACGAAAUGCCAGCAGCUCUGGUAUUGAACAUUUAGCUGCUCAGAAGAAACGCAACAGCACUGAAAAUGAGGGUGAAUAUAAGGUCCAUCGUUCUGAAUCAACUAAGAGUUUGUCUGCAAAAGCUUAUAGUAGCAGCUAUGCUGUUGUCGCUUCAGAAGAUGAGGAUGUCUGCCCUACUUGCCUGGAAGAAUACACGCCAGACAAUCCAAAAAUAAUAACCAAGUGCUGUCACCAUUUUCAUCUUGGUUGUAUUUAUGAAUGGAUGGAGAGAAGUGAUACAUGCCCAAUUUGUGGAAAUGGAGUUUUGCGAGAGCCCAUGAUAGCCUUUCGGUUUACAUGAUCUCACAUGAAGUCUGAGCUGCAGGAAAUGGGGUUCUGUGAGAACCAAUGAUAGCCUUUCGAUUUACAUGAUCUCAGAUGGGAGCAAGGGAAACAUUCUACAGAGUACAACAGAAUGCUGGAGAAUUGUAAAUAAUAGUUCCUUAUGCAUGCGAUGUCCAAAUAGAUCUCUUUCUCGAGAUCAGUUUCUUACAUGUACUGAGAUGGUUAUCUGUCUUACUAAAUUCAUGCUAGAAUUUGCUUGGCCAGUUUUUGUUAUAUUUGCAAAUGGUAGCUCAUAGAUGGAAGCACAACUCAUGGAUGAAAGAAUAUAUUAACCUGAUCAUGUGA